AAGUUGCUUGGUCAUCCUCAGACAGUUUCAAAGAUGGCUCUUGCUAGUGUGUUAAACAGUGAUUGUGCGGAUUAUUCUUCUGAUAAUUGUCAGUCCUCUGCCUUUGGAUGUGGGCCCAGACAGAGCGGGUGUUUGAGCUUCGACGCCACGCCGGGAGACGGUCUCAAUUUUGCCGUUAAAAACUCACUCUUUGCUGGGGAAGAGGAUGGCGUCGAGAGGAAAAUAGAGUUCCUGCAUGGAACCACCACCUUAGCAUUCAAAUUCCAGCAUGGUGUUAUUGUAGCAGUGGACUCUCGGGCCACAGCAGGCUCCUACAUCGCCUCGCAGACGGUGAAGAAGGUGAUCGAGAUCAACCCCUACCUGCUGGGUACUAUGGCUGGAGGCGCUGCAGACUGCAGCUUCUGGGAGCGCCUGCUGGCCCGCCAGUGCCGCAUCUACGAGCUUCGUAACAAAGAGCGCAUCUCUGUGGCAGCAGCCUCCAAACUGCUCGCUAACAUGGUGUACCAGUACAAGGGUAUGGGACUCAGCAUGGGAACCAUGGUGUGUGGCUGGGACAAGAGAGGGCCAGGGCUGUACUAUGUCGACUCAGAGGGGAACAGAGUGUGCGGCGACCUGUUCGCUGUCGGCUCAGGCUCUAUGUACGCCUACGGUGUUAUGGACAGCGGCCUGAGGUACGAUCUGUCAGUGGAGGAGGCCUGUGAGCUGGGUCGCCGCGCCAUCUACCAGGCCACAUACCGUGACGCAUACAGCGGAGGCCAAGUCAACCUGUACCAUGUGCACAGUGAAGGCUGGACCAGGAUCUCCCAGGAUGAUGUGCACAUGCUGCACCAGCAGUACAAGGAGCAGGCAUAGGCAUGAGAAUCAGGAAGGCAGGGAGAGAGCAGGGAUGGUUAGGAGUUUAUUCUAGUAUCUGAUGUUUGUUAUAUUCUGAAUAUGUAAGAAGGGUUGACCCAUGAAUAAAAAGGACUCAUCUGCCGAUUGAUUUCCACUUGUAUUACUUUUCUGACACAUUUUGACUUGUUGCUAGCUGAAGCCUUUAUAGCGUACGUUUUCAAGAAUGUCAGUGAGCUCUACUACCCCCCCAUGCACAGUAUGAUUUGGGCAGCAAAGAAGGAGGGCGAUGACUCAAACAUGCUUUAAUACAGUGUGGGAGUAGUAUGCUGCUUGCCCUACAUACGAUUCAUUUGGAUCUACUCUGAAAAAGUACAUCUUUCACAAUAAAACCUAUGAUGUUCUUUUUUUCAAA